CAUCAUUUAUAUAUUUUACAUCGUGGCGAUACUAGUGCAAAAGUGCAAAACAUAACCUUAACAUUGGAUUCGCGCUGGGUUGCUGUUUCAACACUUAGAGGCACAACCCAUGUGUUUCCUAUUACGCCGUAUGGUGGUGCUAUGGGUGUAAGAACUCACACUUCUCUGCAUGUGGUUAAUAAAUUAUCCCGCUUUCAUCGUUCAGCCGGCCUAUCGGCUGAAGGACGCUCUAAUUCGCCAAUUUCACAUUCGGAAAGUACAACAUUUACCCAAUCUUUGCAGCCUUAUCACAAUUCAACUUUGCCGCCGUUUCCCCGCCCAACGGUAGUUAUGCCGUUAGCUCAAUUGAGACAGCCAUUUGCUCUGGGAUCUCCACCGGGGUCGUCAACUUUAGCAGGAGUUAAAUCUGUUACUGGAAGCUCGGGAUCAGGAUCACAGCGUCAAAGAUUAUCCUCAUUAUCUGAUGAUAACGGAAAGCCACUGAGUGUUUGUGCUAUUUUUGCAAAAUCACGAUCGUGGCUUUUAGAUCCUCCGAAUGUUACUCGAGAAGCUCCACACCGUAUACAGCGCAAAGCUGUAGAUUCUUUGUUUGUAAUGGCCGGGCACGGAGCCCUUAUACAGUACGAUUUGGAUACAAAACUUGUUUCAAAUGUUGCCAAAGAAAAAAUAUGUGACGAUACUCCCAUUGAAUUGGAAGUAGAAGCUAAAGCACAAUGGAACUUGGGUAGGCGUAAAGAAGGGUCUCAAGAGAUAAUGCCCCCACUAUCAGCAGAUAAUUGGUUAAUUAAAAAUCGCAAUUCAUGCAUGUUAACCGAUAGCACUCGUCAAUACGAUGACUCAGAUGAUCGAAGCGAAUCUUGGCUAGCGCAGGUUGAAAUUAUAACACACGCUGGACCUCAUAGACGUCUCUGGAUGGGACCCCAAUUUGUAUUUAAGACUUAUAACACACCAAGCGGGUCAAAUUUAAGUCAUGUCGAAAUUGAAGCUGUUGAAAUAGGUACAUCAAAAUCUAGCACCAAUUCAACAUCCGAAAAAAUUGAUCAUUCAAGCCCUUUGAAUAUGCCCUUAAAUGCAACAGGUCGCUCUAGUGCUGUACCAGUUCUUAUUGAAUCUGGUUCAUAUAGCAGCAUUGAACAAAGCCCCAAACUGAUGGAUCGUUUUCGUCACGACCAUUUAGAUUCUGACUUUUCCAUAGCUCAUGGGGAUUCUCGAUUAAAAGAAGAUUUGGCUGAUGCAAUGCGCGAAUCUCCAUCUGCAACCGCAUCGUCUAAAGACAGUGGUCGUCGUGGUUGUGAAACUGCCGGUUCUAGUGAUAAUGUUGCAUUUUUUGACGCACUAACUGCUGAGGAUGAUCAUGCUCAUUCCGCAUCAGCAGCAGCCCUCGCCAGUGUUCUUCCCAACAUUCAUUCGUAUGAUAACAGUUCGAGCUAUGAGUCCCUAGAUUCUUUAAAAAGGCCAAAAGCUUCUAUCGAGAAGAUUGUAAACCCCCUAGGAACAGUCACCACUAUCACAUCUUGCCUAACUGCCGACGUUAAAACCGAUAUUUUGGACGAAGUCGUUUCUCAGCUGGCUGCAGAAGAUACCAUUAUACAUGAAAACUGCGAUGAAAGUCUGUUUCGUCCUGUAGUAGCCAUAUUUUGCGACGAGAAGGCUCUUCUUCAAAACAAGGAAGAAUCUCGAAAAAACAAUGAACAAUAUAAGGCUCCUGAAAACAUAAGCAAUAAACUUGUGGUACCAGUUAUAGCCAAAGAAGUUAACGAUGAACUUAAUAAACGUGAAAAGGAAAAGACAAGUGUUACCAAAUUUAAUGCUGUAGUUUCAAAAAAAACGGGAAAAGAGCCAUCAAAUUCUGAAGAAUUGCCAUUAUUGAAUAAGAAAACAUUAGAACAAAAAGACAAUAUUUGUGAAAAAAAUCAUAAUCAAAAUAGCAAAUCUAAACGUUUACCAGAAAAAAAUGUAAGUGAGAUAAAUAAAACAUGCUCAAAAAAUGAAUCUUUUUCAAAAGGAACCUCAUCUGGAAUCAUAAGCUCAAAGAAAGAUCAACAAACAAAUGAAAAAGCUACAUUUUCAAUUAAAACAAAUGAACAUCCAGCGGAAUCUAAAAAUCUUGAUAAAGUUAUUCGAUCACAAAUAGAACAAAAAGAAGAUUUCAAAAUGCAAACCCAAAAGGAAUUAGAAAAUUCAGAUUUCUCUAAAGCUGAAAUAAAAUUAGAAAAGCAAGCUAAUUUAAAAGAAUUGCAUGAUGAUUCAAAUUUAAAUUAUGAUUUGUCAAAGGCUGAAGCUACCAUAAAAAAAGAAAAAGUUAGAAAUUUAAGUAGUCGUGAACAAAGCAAAUAUGAGCACAUCAGGAAUGUGGCUAAGAUAUCCAAUGAUCGUGUAUGUCACGAAUACAUUAGCGAAGCAACCACCAAUGUUAAAUUAACUGCCAAUAUUACUCCCAAAGCAGACCAAUUAGACGUUGCAGAAAAUGUGAUGGAUAACGAAAACGUUGGAAACAAUGGAAACUUAACAUCUCAGAAUUUAAUCAAAAGGAACACUGCCACGAAAGAAAAAAUAAAUAAAACAAAGGGUUCUAAUAAACCUAUCAAAUCAGGAGUUAAUGACAUUUUAAUAAUUAAACCACAGAACGAUCCCCAAUCCAGUGAUGAUUUACUUGAAAUUAAGAAAAAUGAAAAACUAAUUAAGGUUACUGAAAAAUACAAAAAUAUGGAAACAGAUAAUGAAAAGCCAGACAAAAUUGCUACAAAUAUGGCUUUUAACAACAAACCUCAACCUAAAGACGUCGUUAAAUUGCAAGAUAUGAGUGAGACUGAAAAAAGCCACAUCAAAAUUAAGAACAACGACAAUCCAAACAAUAGGAAUAGCGUUGAAUCGAGAAACAGUGAAAAAAAUAAAGAAGUAUCUAAUGUAGAUAACUCCACUGGCAUUGUUAUUUUAGGGAAUAAAAAAAUUGAGGUGCUUAAACAUAAUAAAAAUACGAUAUUAGAUGACGUCAGUAUAAAUGAAGAUUCUGACCAACAACACGCAAAAUCAGAAUAUAAAGACACAUCCCGUAAGACUAGGUCGGGCGCCAACGUAUUGAGCACAGAUUCCUCAGAAGUUUUGGAUUAUGAUAGACAAAUUUUAAUUGGACUCGAAAAGAAUGAAAAUAAUGAUGAAAGAAAUAUUGAAAUAGUAAAUUUAAAAAAAAAUGAAAUAAAAACUGAAGAAAAACUUAAAAAAAUAAGCAAAAUUAGUGAUGAUUCGACCAAAAAUCCAGCUAACGAUGAAACUAACUUGAAGACAGUCAAUAUCCUUGUCCGUAAGGACUCCAAAUCAACCAAAACUGGCAAUGAACUUACACCAAAAAGAAGCAUUAGCCAAGAUUUGACUAAUACUCAAAAAGAAAUAGAAUUAUGUGAUAUAAAACAAGAAAACAAAUCACCAUCAAUUGGAACUAAGAACGACGCAACAGUACCAAUAUCGCCUAAAAAAAAAGGAAAGGUAAUGUCCAAAGAUGAACUGAAAAAAAUCGUUAGUGUAAAUAAAAAAAUACCAUCGGAUUUAGAGACAUAUAACAAAGAGAAUUCAAAAAAUCCUGAAAAAUGUUUGGAAAACAAGGAUGUUGUUAAAGAGAGCAAUAUAUAUUUAAAAAACAAGUCAAGUGAAAAAGAAUUUAUCGAAAAUACUGUAGAAGUUUGUGAAAAACAAAACAUAUUAUUAAAUAAAAUACAAAAUCCGCCCCAUCAGCUGACAUCUGCUUGGAAAACUUUAAGUGGUGCGGAAAUGAUAAGUAAAAAUCUCGGCAAAUCUGGUGACGAUAACACAAAGAUUCCCCAAUUAGAAACUGAGGGCAAAAUUAUUUCUUCUGAGAAGUUGUUACCUGAACUUCCUACUCCAAGUAAUACUGAAAAACAAAAAAGAUUUGAUGACUUUUCUAUAUUAAAAUCUUUGGAUCCAUUGCCACCGUUACCUGCUCUCGAGCCCCUGCAAUUGAUGUCGGAAAAUAAAAAUAGCCCCCUUAUGGACAUAAGUUUAAUAAAUUUUGAGAGUCCUUUGCAAGAAAAACCUGCAUUGCAUAACAUAACACCUACUCCCCGAGGAUUUACGGAAAAAAAUCUAAUUCUGGCUCUUUGUGGAUCUCUACAUUAUGAAAAUGAACAUACUAUUGGAUCUACAGAGAAUACAGACCUUUCGAGCGCAUUUUCAAAUCAGUCAAAUCAUUCUUCUGCAGCUUUUGAUGAACCUUCGCUUGCUGACUAUAAAUCACUAAAUGAGAAUGAGGAUCCCUACAUGAGCUUGGAACAAAGUUCACAGGAAACAAACACGACUACAACCAAUACAACCAAUGAGAAGUUCUCUUCAUCGACGUAUUCUUCAGGAUCGGAAGAAAUUGUUAUUAUGGAGGAAAAGAAAGUGACAAAAAAGCAAAAGCGCAAAAAGCAGCAACAAAUAAAAGAAUUGCAAAAUCAAAAGGAACAACAACAACAUCAAGAAAUUGACGAUGAAGAACUGCGACCUCUAAUAGCCAUGACAGAGUCUCAUGUUGAUCAGACAACUAAUGUUAUUGAUGACACAUUGUCAGCAACAAUAUCAAAAUGUGGUAGUAACCAACCAUUGAAUACACAGUCACUUUUGCACUCGAAUACUACAGAUAGCGAGGGUCCCAUGCCAGCAACAACAUCUGACGAUAAUGUUUUUUCGAUUCCCGUUGCAACAGUUCACAACCAACAUAAAAUAAAGACAAAAAAGUUAGAACAUAAAAUUAAUUUGAUUGCCGCAAUUGAAGCCGCAACAUCUUCGUCAACAUCAUCAGCAGAAGAGAGUGGUGUUGAAUUAGGAAGUCGUUCCUCUCACGACAUUGACGAAUCUUUGAUCUCUGUAGCAAGUAGUAUAUCUACUUCUAUCAUACCUCUUCCCAUUGUGACGACGCCUCAAACAACAGUGGGGGCCAUAAAAAAGAAAUCUAAAAGACGCAAGAGAUAAGAAUUAGCCAU